AUGGCGGGCGAUGAUGACGGCCCUGAUAACGACGGUAAUAAAAGUUGUAAAUACUGCAAGAAAAAUGUAGUUACUACAGUAAUUAAGUGUUCCAUAUGUGAAUCUGUCUUUCAUCCUUCCUGUGCACUAAGGGUGGCUGGCUUGGUUGUAAUAGGAAGCAAUUAUCUAGUAAAAUGUUGUGCACAAUAUAGUGAGGUUAUGUCAACAGCACAACCAUUCGUUAAUGAUCUGCUUUCUGCCAAGGAUCAACUUGUUAAAAGUAAGGAUCGUAUCAUAUCGGAAUUAAAAGAGAAGGAGGCUAUCUUAAUGGAUAAUAUCAAUCUUUUAAAAGAGAAAAUUAUGAACAUUCAAAAACCAACUGUUGCUGUGAACUCUGGCAACGUUGUAACCAAGACGUCAGCAGAGACUGUGGCAAACAGUAGUUCAAAUAAACCAGCUUUGACGGAACAGCUGCAAGUGCCUAACUUAAUACUGAAGUCUCACAAUCAAAACAAAAACAAACCUAAUCUCAACUCCCGUAAUCAAAAUGUUAUUGAGAAGAAAGGGGUUAAUUCUGGGAUUUUACAAGCUCAGGCAUCUCUCAAAAUGCAAGAAUUAAUUAAUUUGGUAGCCGAUCCACAUUCUGCUUGCAACAAUGAUGAUUGGCAAACUGUACAUGGACGUAAAAAGGGCCGAAAAUUCAUGGUAGGCAACAAUAAAACUACCAAUGGUAUACAAACAAUACCACGUUAUGUUUCACUUCAUAUAUCCCGGCUUGCACCUGAUACUAGGCCUGCGGUGUUACAAAGUAUCUUGCAACCUAUAUUUAAGGACGUAAAGUGUGAGGAACAUAUUUCCAAACAUCCUGAAGUAUAUGGAUCAAUGAAAGUUACAAUCAGAAAGGAGGAACUCCAAAAGGCUUGGAAGCGUGAAAUCUGGCCUAAUGCUGGGGAUGGUGAUUCAUUAUCGAAUAAAUCCACCACCCCCUCAUUUGGUUCUAGCAGGCAACGGAACGGAGGCAGUGGGGAAGACUCUAAUGACAUCGGUGAGGGUGAGGUUGGCGGCGAAGGUUCCGAUAUCGAUGAGGGUAGUGGGGAAGACUCUAAUAAAUCCACCACCCCCUCAUUUGGUUCUAGCAGGUAA